AUGAGUGUGAAAAAGGAAGAUGUGGAGAAGUUUCUGGAUGCCAAUCCAGAUUUUGCAAAUGUCUACUUUGGCAAAAAGCUCAAGGCAGGGUCUGUGGCCUCGGCCAUGGGCAUACCAGAGUCCAAGGUGGAUUUGGAGUCUUUUAGGGAAAUGAGUCAGGUAGAGGAAGGGGAGAUUUUCUUCGACCUCAUCAGAGACAUGCAGGAAAACGUCAACAUGGAAAAGGUGAUCUUCCGAAUCUUAAAGAGAAUCAGCGCUCUGAUCCAUGCCGACCGAUGCAGUCUCUUCAUGUACCGGCAGCGAAAUGGGAUCGCUGAGCUAGCUACGCGACUCUUCAACGUGAACACUGAGUCGGAGUUUGACGAUUGUGUGGUGCAACCAGACUCUGAGAUUGUCUUCCCACUCGACAUGGGUAUAGUGGGGCAUGUUGCCCAGACCAAGAAACACGUUAAUGUCAAGGAUGUCAGUCAGAAUAGUCACUUCUGUUCAUUUGUCGAUGAACUGACUGAUUACACAACACGCAAUCUCUUGGCCGCGCCCAUUUUGAACGGCAAAGAUAUGGUUGCAGUAAUCAUGGCCCUCAACAAGACCACUGGCCCUCACUUUACAGAUGAAGAUGAGGAUCUUUUUUUAAAGUAUUUGAAAGUGGGAUCCUUGAACCUGAAGAUUUACCAUCUCAGCUACCUUCACAACUGUGAGACACGUAAAGGACAAGUCCUAUUGUGGUCUGCCAACAAGGUAUUUGAGGAGCUUACAGAUAUUGAGCGUCAGUUUCACAAAGCCUUGUACACAGUUCGAGCAUACCUCAACUGUGACAGGUACUCUGUGGGCCUGCUUGACAUGACCAAGGAAAAGGAGUUCUUUGAUAUUUGGCCAGUGUUGAUGGGAGAACAGGCACCAUACUCCGGGCCUGUAACUCCAGAUGGCAGGGAAGUCAUCUUUUACAAAGUCAUUGAUUACAUCUUGCAUGGAAAAGAAGACAUUAAAGUUAUUCCAAACCCCACUGCAGACCACUGGGCAUUGGUUAGUGGACUGCCUACCUAUGUUGCAGAAAGUGGUUUUAUUUGCAACAUCAUGAAUGCUCCUGCAGAGGAGAUGUUCCAGUUUCAGUCUGAAGCUUUAGAUGACAGUGGCUGGACCAUUAAGAAUGUGCUGUCCUUGCCAAUUGUGAAUAAGAAAGAAGAAAUUGUGGGUGUGGCAACUUUCUACAACAGGAAAGAUGGCAAGCCAUUCGAUGAACAGGAUGAGCAGCUGAUGGAGGCUCUGACCCAGUUUCUGGGCUGGUCGGCACUCAAUACAGAUACUUACGAUAAGAUGAAUAAGCUGGAGAACAGGAAGGACAUUGCUCAGGAUAUGGUGCUUUACCAUGUCAAGUGUCGUGAUGAUGAGAUCCAGGAUAUUCUGAAAACCAGAGACGUUUUUGGAAGGGAACCGAGAGAUUGUGAAGAGGAUGAGCUUUUGCAGAUUCUGAAAAAAGAACUUCCAGGACCCACAAAGUUUGAGAUCUACGAGUUUCGGUUCUCAGACUUUGACUGCACUGAGCUGGAUCUGGUGAAGUGUGGAAUCCAAAUGUACUAUGAAGUUGGAGUUGUUAAAAAAUUCCAGGUCCCACAGGAGGUUCUGGUGAGGUUCAUGUACUCAGUCAGCAAAGGCUACAGGAAAAUCACCUAUCACAACUGGCGCCAUGGCUUCAACGUGGGACAAACAAUGUUCACACUACUAACGACGGGACAGCUAAAGCGAUAUUACACAGAUUUGGAAGUGAUGGCUAUGAUCACAGCUGGCUUCCUGCAUGAUAUUGACCACAGAGGCACUAAUAAUCUCUACCAGGUGAAAUCUCAAAAUCCACUAGCCAAGCUACAUGGCUCAUCCAUUCUGGAGAGACACCACUUAGAAUUUGGCAAGUUUUUGCUUGGAGAUGAGUCUUUGAACAUUUACCAAAACCUCAACAGAAGACAGACGGAGCAUGUCAUCCACCUCAUGGAUAUUGCCAUUAUCGCAACUGACUUGGCAUUGUACUUCAAAAAAAGGACAAUGUUCCAGAAAAUAGUUGACCUGUCACAUACAUACGAGGAUGAGAAGAAGUGGGUUGAUUUCAUGUCUCUGGAAACAACGAGGAAGGAGAUUGUGAUGGCCAUGAUGAUGACAGCAUGUGAUUUGUCUGCUAUCACCAAGCCUUGGGAAGUACAGAGUAAGGUGGCUCUGUCUGUAGCUGCAGAGUUCUGGGAGCAAGGUGACUUGGAGAGGACUGUCCUUGAACAGCAACCUAUUCCCAUGAUGGACCGGAACAAGGCCGCAGAGUUACCCAAACUUCAGUGUGGUUUCAUUGACUUUGUGUGCACUUUUGUGUAUAAGGAGUUCUCUCGUUUUCACCCAGCUAUCCAGCCCAUGUAUGAUGGUAUCCUAAACAACAGGAAGGAGUGGAAGGCCCUUCAGGAGGAAUAUGAGGCAAAACUCAAAGCCAUGGAGGAGACGGUCAAGCCUAAGGCAGAGAUUGAAAAUGGUCCUGUCCCCAACAAUACGGGUGGCGGGUCAGGGUCCAAGACCUGCUCAAUCUGUUAG